AGGAAAUGGCAAAAAAAAUACCUAACUCUCCCUAACUAUCUUCGUUCAUAUGAAUAAUACAGGGCUGUACCGCUCAGUAGAUAACUUCAUCACAGUACUUGAGAGGCGUCAGUAGCUAUGGCCUGCUCUCAGGUAGGGGAGUUCACAUACUCCAUGGAAAUUACAAGUGCCAUGUUAGAUGCCUGAAAAUGUGUUGUUUCUGUUUGGAAAAACAGAAAAGUGAAACAAUCCAAAAGUAAAUAAAGAAUAUAUUCUAAAGUAAUCAUUGUUUGUAUUUCUCUCCUACAGGAAAGUCUGGAGUACAUUUUCCUCCUCAUCUUCUCAGUGGAAUGCUUCCUGAAGAUAGUGGCCUAUGGCUUCCUUUUUCACUCAGAUGCAUACUUAAGAAAUGAAGUAUGUUUGUGUGUCGUUAGAUUUUGUUUGUGUGUCUGUUGGGUUGUUUUCAGUAGCAAUGGAUGCUAUUAACCACUUAAGUGGAGUGGAGGCUCAGGUUGGAGAGAAAGGCGGUGGGUUUGACAUGAAAGCACUCCGAGCGUUCAGAGUCCUGCAACCACUCAGACUGGUCUCCGGAGUCCCAAGCCUGCAGCUGGUGAUGAAUUCCAUUAUGAAGUCAAUGCUGCCUCUGUUCCACAUCACACUCCUUGUCUUCUUCAUGGUCACCAUCUACUCAAUCAUGGGUCUGGAACUCUUUAAGUGCAAGAUGCACAAGACCUGCUAUUACACAGGCACAAAUAUUAUUGCAACGGUGGAGAACGAGAAGGCUUCUCCGUGUGCACAGGCAGGAAACGGACGCCGAUGUACCAUCAACGGUACAGAAUGUCGAGCUGGCUGGCCAGGCCCAAACAGUGGCAUCACCCACUUUGACAACCUCGGCUUCGCCAUGCUUACUGUCUACCAGUGCAUUACGACUCAAGGGUACUACUGGGUAAGAUUUUACUUUUUAUUGUCUGGGUAUCUUUUGCGAGGUUGCUUCCUAAAUAGUUGGCAGAUAUAGGUAAUAUGGCUGCAUAGGAAACAAGGCCCUCCAUUUUGCUAAAUUUCAAGGAAGAAUCAGCAAAAAGACAGUUCUCCAAUUCAUCUUUUAUGUAAAAUAAUGUAUGGCAGUAUAAUGUACACGUUAUUUUAUUAAAUUGUUUAAGAUGUCCCAGCGUGCCUAGCAGGCUACCUGACAUACUCCAUAGCGGAGGUUGCUGGAGAGUGGCAAAUCCCUCCCGACUAUGGUGGCCACUACAGGGAAAUUGGGCUAAGAUUACAAUAAUGGUUAUGUUUGAAUUAACAUCCAAAAUGCACACAGGUUUGGCCUGUGGUCAGUGUAAAUUGGGAUUGCAUUGACAAUGUUGCUCCAGAACUGUCUGCAUCUAUCCCAACUAGAAACCAAAGAAACUGCCUGAAGAUUCACACUAAACUCAAAACCCGGACCACUGCCUCAAAAUACUCCUUCCUGACACCUUGUACUACCUUGCGUUCAUACCAAACAGGGCCAUGGAUGAAGCCAUCCCCAUGGCAACACAUUGCACUAACACACCUGGACUAAAGGGAUACAUGAGUAAUCAGUUUGUCGAUUAACGCUCGGCAUUCAAAUCGUCCAUUUCCUCAAAAUUCGUCUCUAAGCUUGUUGAUCUCGCCCUGGAAACCUUCUUUUUGAGUUGGAUAUUAGAUGGAACAAUAGUAAAUUGUAUUGAUAUGUUUAAGAGACAUCAAUAAUACAAUGUCUCAGUGUGACGUUUGAUAUUCCCCCUUAUUUUCUUCCUAAUCUCAAUCGCUCAUUAAGAGCUUUUUUUGUUUGUUUACAUGUCAGACAAUGUUUCACACAGUGCCACACAAUGUCCUUCAUGAGGAAAAAAACACAUUGAACAAUUAUCAGCAUUGAAAUAUUGUCAAAAUAUUUAGAUACAAUUGAACACCAUAAUAAGUCAUAGCGUUGACAAGAUCUCGUUAUAGUGAGAAACAAAUUAUUUAAAUUGUUCUGCCAUAUUUCUAUUGUUUUAAUUCGAGUCAAUACAGAAACAACUUAUCAUCGGAAGUACGACACAAACUUAAUAUAAGCUAGACAUAUAAAAAGUUUCCAUAAUACAACUCAAAGUAUGUCACUGCGGUGUGCUUCGAUUCACGUGGUGAGCCCAGAUGGGUACUCUGCCAUUGCAGAGUACAGGUCAGACUAAUUAGACUGGCAGUCAACUCAAAUUCUGAAGUCUUUGCCUAUUUAAUAGAAUAAAUCGUAAACCGUUUUGCUUUCUAGAUAGGGAGCCACAAUCCUACCACCAGUCAUGUAAACAACUGUUCUGUCGUUGUUAUAUAGGAAAGGAAUGAAAACAAUAAUGGUUGAGGGUGAACCCCACCCAUUGGGCGGAAUCGUCAUAACCCUGUGGAUGGCCUGAAGCAACGUAUCUCUUCUUUUUCCGUCCUUUGCUCUUUGCGGAAGUAAAGUUAAUAAUAAACUGGUUUAUUUAAACUAAUGUCCAUGCAAAAAAUGUGAAAGCAGCCUUAUAGUUUUUCAAAUUUGGCAUUGGCUCUUGUACAGCAUGUGUUUUCACCCAAAAGGGGCGUAGAUGUUCUUACAACAUGAAAGUGACGUAUGCCUGCUUUCAUCUAUCCAAACAUUGAACAGGCCUAUAGUUAGUAUUGAUAUACUGAUAAGAUGGUUUGGUACAGCCUACUUGUGGACCAUGGGUCGCAGAACCCCAGGCUUCCCCGUCGCCUUUGUGGGCCCAUCAUCCUGUGUUUCGUUUAUGCCUUGCGGAUGGGAGCUUGUCUCGUUUCAUCUUGCACAGAUGGGCGCUCACGCUUUUGGACUGGGAGUCGUUUUACGCAUGGUUGGAUUGGAUGGGUGCUCAGCCCAAUCCUGUACUCACCUCUCACUUACGAAUCUGCCAACCAAGCACAGCUCUCUAAAAUGCCUGAUGAUUGUGGUACACACUAUAAGCCAUGACAUGCAGAAAUUAAACUUUCCAGUUUUGAUUUGGAAAAGAAAGAAUCCCUCCCUCUCUACUUCCUCCCACCCUACAUUUUACCGCCAGCUGUUAAGACAACCAUGAAAGAGCCAGGUAUAUCUCUUAUUGUUGACUGUGCACAAUCAACAAGAAGAGAUAUUCUCAACGAGCAUUUCACUCAUUGAUAAUAGCCUGAGGUGAUGCCAUUUCUAACCGAUUGCACUCAAAACAUGGUUCUUAAGUCUUAUCUAUGUCACAGGAUAGGCAUGGGUUUUUAAAAUUUUUCAUCCAAAGGACAUCAGAGGAAAAAGGGGAAGUGAUGGACAAUUGGUUCUAGAAACUUUAAAUAACCAUUAUGAUAACUAUCAUAAGGCAGAGGGAUGUAUCCACUACACACUUACCAAAGAUACUUUCAGGAAAAUUAAAAAAAAAGGCAGAAAGUCAGCUGAUAAAUCAGGUAAACAGCCUGGCCACAUAAUCAGGAGCGAACCUAUUUAAUCUGUGUGAAGGAAUAGAAGGAAAUUAAGUGUGAUUGCAAUGGAAUUCAUGGAACAUAAUUUUCUGAUGCUUGAAGGCAGGGAUGGGCAACUGGCAACCCGUGGGCCACAUGCGGCCCGCAUCCUCGCUCAAUGAGGCCUGCACAAAUUAGAAAUUAUUUAUUUUUACAGAAAUUUUGAUCAAGAAAACCGUAUCUGUUCAUAGAAUUCCACUACAACUACUACAACUGCACUGAAUAUAAUGCUAGUUGUUGCACUUAAUGUGGGGCACUGUCGAAGUGCGUGGUCAUGUGGCCCUCUGAUGGUGGUGUAAAUUUGUGGCCCACUUCAUCAUGAAAGUUUCCCAUCCCUACUGGGAUGGUUAAGGAUUGUGGCUUUUUCUCCUUUUGUGAUCUUUCCCGGGAUGAUUUAGGAGUAGCAGGAUUAAGGGCCCCAUUAAGGACAUUUGAAUGGGCCCCUAGAUCUGGGGCCGUAUUCACAAAGCAUUUUAUCUUACCGCUAGGAGUGCUCCUAACUCGCGCUAAAACAUUUUACGUAGGAGUUUUUUCUUAAAAGUUAUUCACAAAGCCGCUGAGACCUACUCUUA